CUCCAGUCAAUCAGCGGCAGAUUGCGAUCUCCAGCGUCUUUUUAUCUCUUUGCGCACUUCCUAUCGAUGGAAGAAACCAGCGGCCUCCUCAGAUUCUAGUCCAAUGGCGGUGCUCCUCUCUGGUUUCCGAUCAAAAAAGAACCAGCAGAGGCAAAUCCCUCAGGUUUUCCGAUGGAAAAAGCCAGCAGCGGAGAAUGCAGUUCCGAUUUCCGAUCAAAGACAGGCAGUGGCUCUCCCCUUGGGAUUUUGGUUGAAGAAGACAUGCUUCCCUUUUCCCGAUUGGAAACAGACCAGCAGCACCAGGCCCAAGGCUCAGACUGCUCCUAUCUCAAGGGUUGUACCUCUCUCUGAGUUGACUGAUAACUUCUUAGAUGGGACAAGCAGUGUGUAUUUUGAGGAGCUUCAGCAAGCAUGGGAGCAAGAUCCGAACAGCGUGGAUGAGUCGUGGGAUAACUUCUUCAGGAGUUUUGUUGGGCAGGCCACCAUAUCUCCAGGAAUUUUUGGCCAAACUAUACAAGAGAGCAUGAACCUCUUAUUGCUUGUGAGGGCUUAUCAGGUCAAUGGUCACAUGAAAGCUAAACUAGACCCUUUGAGUUUAGAAGAGAGACAAAUUCCAGAUGAUAUAGAUCCUGCUUCUUAUGGGUUCACUAAAGCCGAUCUUGACCGUGAAUUCUUUCUUGGUGUUUGGAGCUUGUCUGGCUUCUUGUCUAAAAACAGCCCUGUUCAGACCUUGAGAGCCAUAUUGACACGACUUGAGAAGGCUUAUUGUGGAAGCAUUGGUUAUGAGUACAUGCACAUUUCUGACCGUGAAAAAUGUAAUUGGCUGAGGGACAAAAUUGAGACUCCAACAACAACGGAAUACAGUCAUGAGCGGUGCGUGGUUAUGCUUGAUAGGCUGAUGUGGAGUUCUCUGUUUGAGAAUUUCUUGGCUACCAAAUGGACAGCUACAAAGAGGUUUAGCCUGGAAGGCUGUGAAACUUUGAUUCCUGGAAUGGAGGAGAUGUUUGAUAAGGCAGCAGAUCUAGGCGUAGAAAGCAUAGUCAUUGGGAUGUCACAUAGAGGAAGGUUAAAUGUUCUAGGUAAUGUUGUCAGGAAGUCACUCCGACAGAUCUUUAAUGAGUUUAGUGGUGGUACAAAUGCCGUUGGUGAAGCUGGUUAUGUAGGAACAGGUGAUCUGAGGUAUCACUUGGGCGCUUCUUAUGAUCGCCCAACAAGAGGGCAAGGUGUUGUCUACGAGACAUUGCAUCUCAGUGCUCUUCCAAACUAUACGACCGGUGGAACCAUACACAUUGUUGUCAACAACCAAGUCGCCUUUACUACUGAUCCAAGGUCCGGAAGAUCUUCUCAAUACUGUACUGAUGUUGCCAAAGCCUUGAGUGCCCCAAUCUUUCACGUCAAUGGGGAUGAUGUUGAGGCUGUAGCUCAUGUUUGUGAACUUGCUGCAGAGUGGCGUCAAACAUUUCACUCGGAUGUUGUCGUUGAUAUCGUUUGCUAUAGGCGAUUUGGGCACAAUGAAAAUGAUGAACCUUUCUUUACUCAACCAAAAAUGUACAAGGUCAUUCGAAAUCAUCCUUCAGCGUUAGAGAUCUACCAAAAGAAACUUCUAGAUGCUGGUAAUGUGGGAAAGGACGAUAUUGAAAAGAUGCAUAAUAAGAUCAAUGCAGUCCUAAAUGAGGAGUUUGUUGCUUGCAAAGACUAUGCUGCACAGAAGAGGGACUGGCUUUCUGCAUUUUGGUCUGGAUUCAAGUCCCCUGAACAGCUUUCACAUAUUCGAAAUACAGGAGCAGUGAAAAGGAUUUUUGAUGACCACAAGAAGAUGAUUGAAACAGGAGAAGGUGUUGAUUGGGCACUAGGGGAAGCACUUGCUUUUGCUACACUGCUUGUGGAAGGAAACCAUGUAAGGUUGAGUGGUCAGGAUGUUGAAAGAGGCACUUUUAGUCACAGACACUCUGUUCUCCAUGAUCAAGAGACAGGUGAGAAGUAUUGCCCUAUGGAUCAUGUCAUGAUGAACCAGAAUGAAGAGAUGUUCACCGUAAGCAACAGCUCUCUUUCAGAAUUUGGUGUCCUGGGAUUUGAAUUGGGGUAUUCAAUGGAAAAUCCAAAUUCGUUGGUGAUAUGGGAAGCCCAAUAUGGUGAGUUUUCCAUGGGAGCUCAAGUGAUUUUUGACCAGUUUUUGAGCAGUGGAGAGGCAAAGUGGCUGCGUCAGACAGGAUUAGUUGUGCUUUUACCACAUGGUUAUGAUGGCCAAGGCCCUGAGCAUUCCAAUGCACGCUUGGAACGCUUUCUUCAGAUGAGUGAUGAUAAUCCAUACGUUAUCCCUGAGAUGGACUCAACCCGACGGACACAGAUUCAAGAAUGCAAUUGGCAAGUGGUGAAUGUUACUACUCCUGCCAACUAUUUCCAUGUGCUGAGACGCCAAGACUGGAGGGUUCAAAUCGAGAAGUUCAAUGGUACUGAUUUUGCAUGGUGGAAAAUGCAAAUAGAGGCGUUGCUUGGUGAGUGCGAUUUGGACAUGGUACAGGAAGAGAAACCGGAUGGAAUGGAUAAGGCUGCUGAAGCAAUUUGGGACUCAAAGGACGAAAAUGCAAGAGCUUUGUCAAAUAUGUAUGAGAAACCGUCAGCCGGUAAUAGAGUGUUCUUGAUGAGGGAAUUGUUCAUGAUGAGAAUGAACGAGGGCUGCCCAGUUGCUGAUCACAUUAAUGAGGUCAAUUUGAUCUUGUCCAGUUGUCCAGGUGCUUCGUUUCACGCCAUGCACAGCGGUGAGGCGAUGGUGAAUCUCAAAAAAGGAGACUUUGGAAAGGUAUAGUUGGGUAACGAGAAAAUCCUUAAAGUGAUGGGCAUGGGAGAUGUUGAUCUAAAAACUUCAUUUGGAACUACUUGGAGCUUACAAAAUGUCAGGUUGAUUCCAAGACUGAAGACAAAGUUGAUCUCAGUCGGACAAUUGCAUAGUCGGGGACUAGACGUCAAGUUUGGUGGUGGAAAAUGGAAGGUGAUCAAAGGAAAUUUGGUUAUUGCUCGAGGCUUGAAAAAAGGAUCGUUAUACAU